AUGGCGUCUACCAGCGGCUUAACUCGCCGGCGAGGAGCUGGCCGAGGGGACGGUGGUAUUGAGAGUGGCAGAGUGGCCUCCCCGUCGUCGCUAAACGGAGCGUCUCAGGAUGGCCGUGGAGAGUCCUCGUUCACCGGUGAAAAUGGGCACAAGAUCGCAUUCGAUCCGAGAGAUAUCAGCGAGAAUGAGGAGCGGAGCAAGCAGCCUAAGCUUACACUUAUGGAAGAGGUGCUGCUCCUGGGUUUAAAGGAUAAGCAGGGGUACCUAUCGUUUUGGAAUGAGAAUAUUUCAUAUGCAUUACGCGGCUGUAUUGUGAUUGAACUGGCGUUCCGAGGUCGAAUCAGCAUGCAGAAAGAUUCGUCGAGGCGACGGUUCCCACUUGCGGACCGAAUAAUUGAGGUUAUCGAUGAUACAUUGACAGGAGAAGUCUUGCUGGACGAGGCAUUGAAGAUGAUGAAAGCUAGCGAGAAGAUGAGCGUGAGCUCAUGGAUCGAUCUUAUGAGCGGCGAGACUUGGAAUCUGAUGAAGAUUGGCUACCAGCUGAAGCAGGUGCGAGAACGGCUUGCAAAAGGACUAGUUGACAAAGGCGUCCUCCGAACUGAAAAGCGGAACUUCCUCCUUUUCGACAUGGCCACACACCCAGUCGCAGAUGGCGGCGCAAAGGAAGAAUUACAUAAAAGAGUGCGCAACAUCUGCAGCAGCCGUACUGUUAUGUUACCUCCAAACCCAUUCCUCCCUGAAGAUAUUGAAUUCAGGUAUCUACGGACCAUUGCAUUGGUGUGCGCCGCGUAUGCAGCAAACGUGCUGGAAAAUGCCCUCGUAACUAUGGGCCAUGAAGCUAGGGAACGAGCAUUUGCACAGGUAGAUGAGCUGCUAGCAGAGUAUUCACAGUGGCCAUUUGUGUCAAAUAAGGGCGCUGGCGCACAUGUUAUCGGAGCGAAUCUACCGCAGGCUGUGAGCGAAGAGGUUGAAAAGGCCAAGGAUAAGGAGCUCCAGCUUGAGGUCGUGGCCGCUUGUUUGGGUGUAUUUACUCGCCUUGACUCCUUACUCUAA